CUCCUAUUGGCUGACCGGAAGGUCAGCUGCCGCAGCCAAGACGCACGUGCUGCUCCGCGCAUUUCAAGAUCAAGAUGGCAGCCUCGGUGUGUCGGUGCUACGAGCUGGUUGGCAGACGAACCUUGGCCCUCUGCUCCCGGCCUCUGGUCUCCUCGGUGUGGAGAGGAGAUGCAUACAGGUUACACAGGAGCCCAGUUGCAGCUGUGCAGGUUCGAUAUGCUUCAGGACGUAAAGGUUUUCUGGGGGAGUUUGUGGAUAAUCUUCGUCAGGAGUUCAGUAAGAAUCAGGAGAUGAAGGACAACAUAAAGAAGUUCAGAGAAGAGGCCAAGAGGCUUGAGGAGUCUGAUGCUCUCCAACAGGCUCGCAAGAAAUAUAGAUCUAUAGAAGCUGAGACAGUGAAGACUUCAGAGGUGUUUAAGAAGACCUUGGGUUCCUUGUCAGAGACCGUCAAAGAUGGUCUAGAGGAGGUGAGUCGCACUGACAUCGGGAAGAAGAUCAAGGAAGGUGUGGAGGAGGCAGCCAGGACAGCCAUGCACUCUGCUGAGUCUGUCUCCAAAGGAGGAGAAAAACUGGGCAGGACCAGCGCAUUCAGGGCCAUCUCACAGGGUGUGGAAACCAUGAAGAAGGAGAUAGAUGUCGGUGAUGCCGGCCCAUACAGGGCUCCCUCUCAGCUGAGGAAGAGAAGUGAUUUCUCUUCAAAAGGAGCAGACAGCGACUCCAGAGUGUUCGAGGCCAAUGAAGAGGCCAUGGGUGUGGUUCUCCACAAGGAUUCAAAGUGGUACCAGCAGUGGAGGGACUUCAAGGACAAUAACGUAGUUUUUAACAGAUUCUUUGAGAUGAAGAUGAAAUAUGAUGAAAGUGACAAUGCCCUCAUCAGAGCAUCCAGAGCUGUAACCGACAGAGUCACUGAUUUCUUAGGUGGUCUUUUCUCUAAGACAGAAAUGUCGGAGGUGCUGACAGAGAUCCUGAAGGCAGACCCCAGCUUUGACAAAGACUCUUUCCUCAAACAGUGUGAGAAAGACAUCAUCCCUAACAUACUGGAGGCUAUGAUCCGUGGGGAGCUGGAUGUAUUAAAAGACUGGUGCUAUGAAGCUACAUACAGUCAGCUAGCCCACCCCAUCCAGCAGGCCAGAGCGCUCGGGCUGCUCUUCCAGUCCAAAAUCCUUGACAUUGAUAACAUAGAUCUAGCGAUGGGUAAGAUGAUGGACCAGGGCCCAGUGUUGAUCAUCACCUUCCAGGCUCAGGUCGUCAUGGUGAUCCGCAGCCCCAAAGGAGACGUUGUGGAGGGGGAUCCGGAGAAGGUGAUGAGGAUGAUGUAUGUUUGGGCGCUGUGUCGUGACCAGGAGGAGCUGAACCCAGAUGCAGCCUGGAGACUCCUGGAUAUCUCUGCCUCCAGCACCGAGCAAAUCCUCUAGGAGGAGGAACGCAGGUGAAAAGGUCCAUCUGGGACAGACGAACUGAGAAGAAGGGCGGAACAUGCAAGCAUGUGGAUGGAAUACCUGCACAUACUGACUCAUAUAAUUCUACAUUAACGUCUGAGGGCAGAGAAUGCUGCUGUGUUACGCCAGAGACUGUAUUUUGCACACAGCGUAUAUAGUCAUCCACUCAAUGGUGCGAAAAUAUACAUGAACAAGGAGAUAAGCUACCGGCAUACGAUAUAUCCAUAGAAAACUGUGCGUUCACUAAUAUGUGUAUGUGUAGUCUCUUGCACUGGUUAGCUCUUUGGGUCUCCAUUUACAUUAAUUUUGGAAUGGAUGGAACCAAUUAUUUCACCAACCGACUAAAAGCUGAGCCCGUGCCACCCCCCCCCCCCCCAUUGUAUCGUCCAGUGGUACGUACAGUCCACACCAGCCUGGUGGCUAGAUCCAAGAAGCUUGUUGGGAAAAAAAGUCAUAGUGCCUGUGACUUCACCCAUUGGUCUCGAGAGGGACCGUUUUACGCUUAAAACUAGAUAUAAUUCUCAACACUGUCUGUAUUGUACACAGAACAUUAAAAUUUGGCCAGCGGCAUGGAGCCUUGUUGCAGCAACCAACAUUGCUUAGUGGGACAGCAUGAGAGACCUUGUUCGCCAAGGAAAACAGGUCCCCAUGCUUCAAGUUAAAGGGGCACUCCACCAAUUCUACACAUGAAGAUAAGUUUACUUGUCAAAAGGAGUCUACUCAGCCCGUGGAAACAGUUGUAUAAUGCCUUCUGUGGAUAUGGAGAGAACUUUCUAAAAUCUGAUAAAAUAACCCAUAUGUCACUAGAGUUACCUCGGAUUUGGCUUGACACUUCAAGUGUUUCUAAUAGAAAGCCUGUGUUACGAGCUGGGGAUAUGAGGUUUGAAAGAAAUGAUUAUUUAGCAGGCAGUAAGGGUCAAACAAAAGAUGCCUCUGAGUUGUAUCAUGGGCAUCCAGUAUUUUUCGAGUUUGACACCUACUAUGGAUUAAAAUCAGGAUAUCUCAGCCUCUGCUGCUUCAAUUUCAUCCGUUCUAUUUUAAAAUAUGCCACUUGUGAGUCUCUCAACCUGAUGGAAGUGUAGUACUAAAUCGCUGCAGUACCACUUUAAGCUUUAAUUGCAAAUAGUAUUUUGUGCAUAGGUGCGAGGGUCCGGGAGACUUAAUUUAAUUUUGUCAUCUGCCUUUAUCUAUGAGGGCCUGCCAACAAACAUGUAAUAUAAACAGAACUACAUGUCUAUCUGUCACUUCUGGAGUAUAUCCAGCCCUUUAGUGACCCCUUAAUCAAACAAUACCAGAUUAUGUGUUUCUAAUCGCCAAGAAACACUUGAACUUUGAGGUGAAAUGAACUAUUGACACAAUGUUGGAGAGAAAAUGGUUCAAGUUUUCAUUUUCUAGGCCAAAUUACCAUUGGCCAUUAAAAAAAAUGCAACUUAAUAAAUUAUAGCAUUGGCUUCAAAAUUCAGCUGAGGAGGUAUCUGCUUGGUUCCUGCUGGCGUUCACAUCAGAAACGUAUAAAAAAUUAAAUACAUGUGCAACAAGUAAGAUGAAGUUUGAACAAUAUAAUAUAUAGAAUGUAAUGAUCUGUGUAGUCAGGGUCCAUCCUGUCAUAUGUACUGUAGCUCAGAGUGCUCAACGCACUACAUCCUGAGAAACCACAAGCAACCGAGAAAAACACAUCCUUGGUGCAUUAGGCUCCAUUUUACUGUAUAUUCCGUACACACUCAGUUAGAAGAAAUGUAUUGGGGCUACAUAUUAAUGAGCUCUUAACUCCUUGUAAAUAUAUAAAAUGUCGAACUGCUUCUUUGUAAGCUUGGGUGGGACCACGUUCAGCUGUCAUCUACUAUCAUGGCAGCUUUGUUGUUUGAGAAUCAUUUGCCAUCUCAUGUUGAACUUUUUUUCAGCUGUUUGUCUUAUUGAACCGUUUUGUUUACUGUCAUGUAUGUGGCUUUUCAAGGGGGGGGGGUGCUGAUGGUGAAAAACUUGAAUGAAUGAGUAGAUAACUGUACUGUUGUGUCGACUUAUUGACAUUUAGACUGUGUGACCAUGUGGAUCUCUACUCGCAUGUCACUGAAGGUUGAACACAUUAUGAUUGAUUACUGUAUGUCUCUCCUUGACUGUUUUUAUGUAUGACAAAUUAAUGGUCAAACUAUGUGAGAUGGAUUGUUACUAAUGAUACUAAAAUUCAUGAGUAUCCCUGAUGGUCACACCAUGCUCGACUCUGAUUCUCUUUUUUUUUAUGAGUCCUGGUGUUUUGCUGAUUAUGUUAUCCACCACAUGGUUAUAAUAUUGAGAGAAAGAAAUAUUUUAUGAUGAAUUAUGCAGGUGAAUUUGUGGCUCUCCUAGGGGCAAAAAAUAAAUUCCACCUAACAGGGCAUCACUCACCAUAAAAUGUGCACUUUAAAUGAUAAAACUCAAAUAAUAGGUGGGAGGACAGACAGGGAGAGACUUGCAGUGAAAGAGUAAGUUACUCCCUGAUUGUAGCAAUGGUCUGUAGGUAUAGUUAUGUUUUCUUUAGGUUCCUUGACCUCUCAUUUGCAACAUCUUGUAGAGUCCAAUCUUCAGGAAAUAUCAAACUCUUACUGGAAGAUUGUAUAAAAUUUAUUUAGCUCAUUCUUUCUGCACAGAGAAAAAACCCGUCCCAUGUUGGAAACUUCAUGAGCUUUCCUCCAGUGCCACUGCCAGCCAAAAAUGGGGAUACAUCUUUUUGAUUUGAUGACCAUAGGGCCUUACUGAUUGUUACAGUCUGAUCAUCUCUGUAUAUAUUAAACCAAGGCACAAAUAUGCUCCAGCCAUUAAACUGUGUAAGAAUUUGUUUUACCAGAUUGAAUCUAUCUGUUAAAGUACAAGUUUAUUUUUCUUUCUACUUGAUUAGAGUAAAGAAGAAAAAAUUUGAAAUUGAAAUAAAUUGGUGUGCAACCAGUGACAAUAGACCUAGUUUCCUAACUUGUAAGCACGUCUAAAAAAAAUCUGUUGUCAAUAAUGGUUUAGGAAAUCAAAGGGUUGGCUUGAAAAACGACUUUGACUUUGCCACAUUUCCCCAUGAUUAUGAGAAAUUCUCCAUCCUGUGUAGUGUAUACUCAUUUUGAAGUGUUCCACUAAGGUUUACACAUUACAUCCAUCUUUCAACCAUUUUAUCUUUGAGUUGAGUGAAAAAAAAAAUUGAACAAAGAGCGCUGUAUUAUGAUUUGCUUUGUCCAAGCUUUCUUGGAGUCAGCAGCUUUGUAU